UCCGAUAUAUAUAAUGUAAAUGUGACCAUGAACGGAGUUCGGUACUAACUUGCUUUGGAUAUCGUAAAUUGCCUUACUUACAAUAGGUAGAGGUACUUACUUGGCUUGAUUGUCACUUGAUAAACAACAGAGUAUUUGAUAAAAACACACGUUUCUGUAGUUUGUUUUUAAUAUUAUUUGUUUGUGAACUAUGAACUAAUACGACGGAUUCUUUCUUGCUCUGAUCCAAAACCACUAUGAAGAUGCAUCCGGAAACAGAAGCAGCUCAAGAUGUAGAAAUAAAAGUGUUUAGGUACCGAUGGGUCCAAUUAAUUAUAUUUUGUUUAUUAGGUGUGAUCAAUACAAUGCAAUUUUUGCAGUUUACUAUAGUAGCAAAUGUGAUAACCGAGUAUUAUAAUGUAGAUAGUUCCUUAGUAGACAUGACUGGAUUAAUAUUUUUUAUAAUAAAUAUAAUAUUCUUUUUACCAAUUAGUUACCUUAUUGAAAGAUACAGUUUAAGAGUGACAGCUAUAGUGAGUUCAGUAUUAACAGUAGCAGGUUUGGCUGUAAAGAUACUUGGCAACGAUCCUUCCCGAUUUUAUGUUUUAAUAAUCGGCCAAGGACUUUGUGCUUUCGGCCAAGUGUACAUAUUCAACAUUCCUACAAAGUUUGCAUCCACUUGGUUCGGACCAGACGAAGUAUCCACGGCAUGUGCCUUGGCGGUGUUAGGGACACAGUUAGGAGCUGCUAUUGGAGCUAUUAUACCCCCGUUUAUGGUGGUGAAAGGAGAAAAUAAAGAGGAAACGGGAGAUGGAAUUUUUGACAUGACUUUGUAUAAUGCCAUCGCUGGAGUUGUAAUUUUAAUACUAGUAAUUUUGUUUUUUAGAGCCAGACCAAAAUUACCACCUAGUCAAUCUCAGUUACAACUUUUGACUCUCGACGAAGAAAAGACGAGUUUCUGGAGGGAUUGUAAACUUUUAAUGAAAGACACGAAUUACAUAUUAGUUUUAAUGUCAUUUGGAAUUAUAAAUGGUCUAUGGAAUGCGUUUGGUAUUGUUAUUAAUACAUUUUAUAUAACUUACUUUCCCAAUGGUGAAACUGACAUAGGUAUAAUAUCCCUAAUAGCAAUCAUUUCUGGUGGUUGUGUGGGAAGUGUGAUAUUUGGUUAUAUCUUAGAUAAGACGCAUGCCUUCAAGACAACAAGUUUUGUCGUUGCUGUAUGCGUAUCCGUAACUUAUAUUUUUAACGUGCUCUCUAUGGUAUUGAAAAUUAGAGUCGCCACCUUCUUCGCCAUACCAAUUUUUGGGUUCUUCACAGCCAGUACCUUAUUGAUGGCCUUCGAAUUCGCCAUUGAAUUGACGUAUCCAAUUCCAGAAUCAGUGAGUUGUUCGGUGGUGAACGCGUUCAUUUUCCUCUUCGCCAUCAUCGGAACGUUUAUAAUAGAAACACUUAUAGACGCUAUUGGACACGUCGGCACUCACAUAACUAUCUUCGUUAUAUUUGUUAUUUGCACAGUUAUGAUGUUGUUCAUCAAGGGGCGUCUAAAAAGGAGGGAGGCUAAUUUAAGUCAGGGACAAACGGAAAAUGGUGUAAUAAACUAAAGAAAAAUGCUAUGAUUAAAAAAAUACGAGAAAAACCUUUUUAGAUAUUAUAUUAUACAGAACAAGAAGUAACAAAUAUAUUUUUUUAAUACAUUUCUUAUAACUUCUAGGCACUUGCUUCCUGUUGACGGUUAAUUAAAUAAAAAUCACUUAGAAAUAAGUCGGUGGGAUAAGGAGAAUGUUUUAAUGCCCUCUAUUUGUUUGUGUAUGUUAACAGUCAAACAAGGUGUAUUAGAAUUAUGUUUUUGCCUUAAAAAUAAUUGUUUUAAAAUCGUGAAGUUCAAUCAGUUACAGUUAACCGUCUGGAAGCAGUUUCGUUAUCUCUAAUCCCAUUUUUUCCUGGCUCCUUAUCUCCAUUCGUUAGGUAAUUGGUAGUCUGGACUACCAAUUACCUAACUCAUA